AUCUAACGUCACACGAUUCUGAUCUCCCCUCCGCGGUUGUCAGAUACAUUGAAGCAUUUCGGGGUGAAGCAUUCUUAUAACCGGGCAGUAUCUACCGUCUCGGAUUGCAUCUAGGGAAAUUGAACUUGUUUUCUUCUGAGGGGGAAAUAUUGUCUUAAACAACAGAAACAAAGGAUAGCGUAUCCUUCAGUCAACCAAUUUAAUAUCCAAAUAUUCUAAGAUUGUAAAACAAGGAGAAGUGGACGCUUGGAUUUUUGGAACUUUAACAUCAGGCAACAAUUAGGGCAACAAAUAAGACUCAGUAAGCAAGUAUUUCGGAUAUUUUAAACAUGUAUUGAAGAUACUGCUGUAUUUGACGUGCUAUGAGCUUAAAAGCACUAGGACAGAACAGUUCGUGUGCUUUGGGAACUUGGUAGGCUACAGAAGCAUCGACCACCCCCACCCUCCCUCCCUCUUCCAAAAACUAAGAGUGGGGGGUAAAGACACAAGCAGCGCUGCCGCACUGCUGGGAACAUUCUGGAUAUAACAGAUAUAGCGGAGUCGUUUUCACGGGAAACAAUGGAUUGCUAAACUCGAUUUAUCUAUGCUUUACGUCGAUUUACACCGGCAUCCCGUCUCCGCGCUGCGUUUCUGCAUAGCGGACUGCGAGCGUUUUGUACAGCAAGCAGCCAAAGGGAAAGACCGACGUAACUGCAAACUCGUUUAACCGCUCAACUUGGAGUCGCUGUGCUGUGGGCUAGUACUUAAAAUUAGAGAUUGUAAGCGAAAUAAUCUUAGUUUAAAUCUCUGGGGCUCUGCCAGCGUGCGUCGUCCAACUCCGAUCCCAGCGGAGUAUCGGGCAUAUCCCAUCCAACCGGACAGGAAUUUGGACUGUGUCUCGUGUUUAAGUUGAAUGCCUGAACGAAUUCGUCUCGUUUGAACACGUCUUGCCGCUCAGGAGUUCCAGGGUCCAGGGAAGUCUGAACAUUUGUGGAAAGGUUGCUUACAUGGCGAUGGCGAUGUUGCCGAGUUUUUGGAUAUUCCUGAUGGCUGUCUGCGUGCCAGGUGGCGGGGCGCAGACGGUGCAGAUGGACGCCAGCAAGUGGGGCUUCGUGGGCUCGCAGGUGGAGCUCCGCUGCCUGUUCGUCAACAGCAACCCGCCGGUGAAGAUCUCGCAGGUCACCUGGCAGAAGUUCCUCAACGGCAGCAAGCAGAACGUGGCCAUCGCCAACCCCAGCCUGGGCGUGUCGGUGCUGCCGCCCUUCAAGGACCGCGUCAGCUUCAAGCAGCCGGCCGUGCGCCACCACACGCCCUCCCUGGAGGACACCACCAUCACCUUCUCCAACCUGCGGCUCUCCGACGAGGCCGCCUACAUCUGCGAGUACACCACCUUCCCCGCGGGCAACCGCGAGAACAUGGUCAACCUGACCGUCUUGGCUCGACCGAUGACCGUCAUGACGCUGUCGGCGCCCACCAUCGUGGCGCGCUCGUCGAACCGCAAGAUGACGGUGGCCACGUGCCUCUCGGCCAACGGGAAGCCGCCGAGCCUGAUCACCUGGGACACGCGGCUGAAGGGCGAGGCCAGCGUCCAGGAGACGCGCAACGACAACGGCACGGUGACGGUGCUCAGCAGCUACGUGGUGGUGCCCAGCCGCGCCGCGCACAAGCAGAAGCUCACCUGCAUCGUCUCGUACCGCAACGAGAGGAUCACCGACAGCGUCGUCCUCAACGUCCUGUACGAGCCGGAGGUGACGGUCGAGGGCUUCGACGGGAACUGGUACCUGAACCGCCAGGACGUGCUGCUCAUCUGCAAGGCCGACGCCAACCCGCCCGUCACCGUGUACCAGUGGAAGCUACUGAACGGCUCGAUGCCCGCCAACGCGGAGAUCCGCAACAACACACUGCUGUUCAAGGGCGCGGUGACCAACGAGGUGGCGGGGACGUACGUGUGCGACGCCACCAACAGCAUCGGGACGCGCUCGGGCCAGGUGGAGGUCAACGUGACGGAAUUCCCUAACAUCCCGCCACCCGGGGGCCAUGAGAUCCCGCAGGAGCAGCACAGCUCAGGGGCGGCCAUAGGGGGCGCUGUGGGGGGAGUAGUCCUGCUGGCGGCGGCCGGCGCCCUCCUCUUCGUCUUCUUGCGUCGGCGCCAGCGCACCUUCAAGGGGGACUACAGCACCAAGAAGCACGUGUUCGGCAACGGCUACAGCAAGGCGGGGGGCCUGCCCGCGCACCCCCCCAUGCCCAAGAACCUGCAGUACCCCGAGGACUCGGACGACGAGAAGAAGCCGGCCCAGAUCGGGGGCGGCCCGGGGGGCUUCGAGGGGAGUGAGCGGGAUUUCGACGGCGACGCCGAGGACCUGAAGAGGCCCUACUUCACGGUGGACGAGGGCGAGAGCCGCGACUACGACGAGCGGACUCUGGCCUUCCAGUACGACCCCGAGCCCGAGAUGGCGGACGACAUGGUCUCCCAGACCGACGGCUCCGUCAUCUCGAAGAAAGAGUGGUACGUGUAGAGGCAUGCCGGAGAGAGGAAAAGAAACGACAAACAAGCGCCCCCUCAUUCCCACCAACCCCAUCCACCCAAACCCUCUCUGUCAGUCCUUUCCUCCACCCCCCUCCAUUCCCACCCUUCCCUCAGCCUCUGCCUGGUGCCUCCAGCCUAACCCCUCCCCUCCACCCCUCCAUCCUCCCAUCCCCCCCCCCUCACACCCAUCUGAAUCCAUUCAAGUAAGCGGCAUUGGAAUCACUGCAUUAAUUUCAAAGAGCUCGCACCAUCAACCUGACCGCACGUCGUCAUCGCACCCUCGAAAGCUCUUCAGCGAUUCUCUUCGGGGAAAAAAAAAAAGGUUUCAUCGAGGAACUGGCGCGA